UAACCCGAAAAUUCAUCGAUCAUUGCCAUGGACAAGUAUGAGGUGGUGAAGGAUCUUGGCUCAGGUAAUUUCGGGGUUGCAAGGCUCUUGAGGCAUAAAGAAACCAAAGAUCUCGUUGCCAUGAAAUACAUCGAGCGCGGUACGAAGAUUGAUGAAAAUGUGGCAAGAGAAAUUAUAAACCAUAGGUCGCUUCGUCAUCCUAAUAUUAUCCGAUUCAAGGAGGUGGUACUAACACCGACACAUCUAGCAAUCGUGAUGGAAUACGCUGCUGGCGGAGAGCUCUUUGAUCGUAUCUGUACUGCAGGUCGAUUUAGUGAAGACGAGGCAAGAUACUUCUUCCAACAACUGAUCUCUGGGGUCUCCUUCUGUCACUCCAUGCAAAUAUGCCAUCGAGAUUUGAAGUUAGAAAAUACUCUUUUAGAUGGAAGCCGAGCACCUCGCCUCAAAAUCUGCGACUUCGGUUAUUCAAAGUCGUCGCUUCUACAUUCAAGACCUAAAUCAACGGUUGGAACUCCAGCUUACAUCGCUCCAGAAGUUCUUUCUCGUCGAGAAUAUGAUGGCAAGUUGGCCGAUGUGUGGUCGUGUGGAGUGACACUAUACGUUAUGUUGGUGGGAGCAUACCCUUUUGAAGAUCCAUCCGAUCCUAAAAACUUCAGAAAAACUAUAUCUCGUAUUAUGUCCAUUCAAUACAAGAUCCCAGACUACGUUCAUAUUUCUCAAGAAUGCAAACAACUUCUCUCACGCAUAUUCGUUGCAAAUCCUUCACGGAGGAUUACGAUCAAGGAAAUCAAGAAUCACCCGUGGUUCUUAAAGAAUUUACCAAGGGAGCUCAUGGAAUCGACUCAAAACAACUAUUACCAAAAAGACAACCCGAGUUUUUCCCUUCAGAGCGUGGACGAGAUCAUGAAGAUCGUGGCGGAGGCGAGAAACCCUCCGCCAUCGUCGAAAUCAGUCGGGUAUUUCGGGUGGGGAGCAGAGGAAGAAGAUGAAGAGAAAGAGGAAGAAGUUGAUGAAGAAGAAGUAGAAGAAGAAGAAGAAGAUGAAUAUGAAAAGAGGGUAAAAGAGGUUCAUGCAAGUGGUGAAUUCAAUAUCAUUUAAGCAUAUAUUUCAUAUGAUGUAUUGCAUUAUGAUUUUA